CUUCACUGUCUUUGUACCAGGAAUCCCCAUCAGUAGCCUGAGGGAGAUCACCCUGCUUCUGAGGCUCAGACAUCCCAACAUCGUGGAGCUGAAGGAGGUGGUGGUCGGCAGCCAGCUGGAAAGCCUGUUUCUGGUGAUGAGUUACUGUGAGCAGGACCUCGCCAGUCUGCUGGAGAACAUGCAGACUCCCUUCUCUGAAGCUCAGGUGAAGUGCAUUGUCCUGCAGUUGCUGAGAGGUUUGGAGUACCUCCACCACAACUUCAUAGUGCACAGGGACUUGAAGGUGUCCAAUCUGCUGAUGACAGACAAAGGCUGCGUGAAAAUUGCGGACUUUGGACUGGCCCGAAUGUAUGGCAUCCCGCAGCAGCCAAUGACACCCCGAGUGGUGACGCUGUGGUACAGAGCACCAGAGCUCCUCCUAGGGACCAAGACCCAGACUACAGCACUCGACAUGUGGGCUGUCGGCUGUAUUCUGGCUGAACUGUUGGCCCACAAACCUCUGCUGCCUGGAACCUCUGAGAUCCAGCAGGUUGACCUGAUCGUCCAGCUUCUGGGGACCCCCAAUGAGAACAUCUGGCCGGGUUUCUCCAAACUGCCCCUCAUCGGUCAGUACACACUCCGGAAACAACCGUACAACAACCUGAAGAACAAGUUCACCUGGCUGUCAGAGGCCGGACACAGACUGCUCAACCUGCUCUUCAUGUACAACCCACAGCGCAGGGCGACGGCUAAAGACUGUUUGGAGAGUUCCUACUUCAAAGAGAAACCACUACCCUGUGAACCGGACUUGAUGCCGACUUUCCCUCAUCAUCGGAAUAAGCGUGCUGCUGCUCCAGCAGCAGAAGGUCACUCUAAACGCAGCAAAGUGUGACAGUGAGGAGACUGUGUGUUGCUCUCUGCGCCGAGCACUGCGAUGCUGAUGCUCUGCUCGGGCUGAACACGAAGGUGGCCUCCUGUUGUUGCUAUGAGGAGGCAGUGCUGCUGUUUGCUAUAUGUGACUGAGAUGGUUUUUGUUUAGACACUCAUCAUGUCACUGAUUCUGCACAGAAAAGUGGAUUCUGAAUCUGUGGCCUCUGACAGAAUCUCAGUCAUCUUUGUUUUUAAUGUUAAACCAGCAGCAGGUCAACAUCCUUCAGUGUUUGUCUGUUUAUGCAACGUUCUGAACCUUGUGUCCAACAAAAGCAUAAAACAAAAGUCCUACAGCACACGUCUCUGCACCUCCGCAGCACUCCAGCUCUCUGAAGGGCUCAGUUGGGAACUUGGCUGUGGUCAAGAAACAAACCUUAAAUCGCUGGCAACACCAAUUCCCUAUUGCACACAUUAGCUUCAGCAUGCUAACUAACUCUGGUGUUAGCAUGCUGAGGCUAAUGCUGGAGUAAAGAUGCUAAAGACUAACUCCGGUGUUAGCAUGCUGAGGCUAAUGCUGGAGUAAAGAUGCUAAAGGCUAACUCCGGUGUUAGCAUGCUGAGGCUAAUGCUGGAGUAAAGAUGCUAAAGGCUAACUCCGGUGUUAGCAUGCUGAGGCUAAUGCUGGAGUAAAGAUGCUAAAGACUAACUCCGGUGUUAGCAUGCUGAGGCUAAUGCUGGAGUAAAGAUGCUAAAGGCUAACUCCGGUGUUAGCAUGCUGAGGCUAAUGCUGGAGUAAAGAUGCUAAAGGCUAACUCCGGUGUUAGCAUGUUGAGACUAAUGCUGGAGUAAAGAUGCUAAAGACUAGCCUGUUUGCCUAUUUUUUUGUUGUUGUUUCUGACCUGAUUAAAUAUUGAUCUUCAGAGUUCAGUCAUUUAUUCAACAUUUGUAUGAAGUCAGUCAUUUGGAAGUGUUGUGUGAUUGUACUAAGAGUAUCAAUAAAACAGUCUUAUUUAUUGUACA